CCAGUAGUGGGAAGGCCGCUCUCCUGCUCUCCCACGCGCGAGAUGGAAUGUUGAGGUGACUCUCGCGCCAAAGAGGAGCGCCACAACACGCACGAGCCAAAGCAGCAGCACGAGGCCACGAACGUUUCUGCCGGUUAGAGAUGAGCGACGACGAGCAAAGCAAGCAGCCGUUUCUGGACGGUUCUACACCUCGGUCCACGGCUUUGGUGGGCAAAAAACAGCCUCGCAUGCCGAAAUGCUCCCGGUGCAGGAACCACGGCUUCGUCUCGCCUCUAAAGGGCCACAAGCGCUUCUGUAACUGGCGGGAUUGUCAGUGCCAGAAAUGCAAACUGAUAGCGGAGCGCCAGCGCGUCAUGGCGGCUCAGGUGGCUCUGCGCCGUCAGCAGGCUCAGGAGGAGGAGAUGGGCAUCUGCACGCCGGUGAACCUCGCUGGUCCAGACAUCGUGGUGAAGAACGAGCCUGGAAGUGAUUACGGCUUUGCGGUGGGAGCGAGAUCACCUUCCUCCACCAGCACUGGAUCUGCUUCUUCUCCUGCAGCCUCUGCGAGCCGCUCUUCACUGUCGCCGAGCCCCACGGCAGCCAGCAGGGGACACUCUGAGAGCUCAGCUGACCUGGUGAUGGAUGCCUCCUAUUACAACUUUUGUCAGCCUUCCCGCUAUCCAGCAUACUACAGCAAUCUCUACAAUUAUCAACAGUACCAGCAGAUGCCCAGUGUAGAUAGCCGCCUGUCCAGCCACAACAUGUCCCAGCAAUACCGUAUGCACUCCUACUACUCUGCAGCCUCCUACCUAAGUCAAGGCCUGGGCACGGCUGCCUGCAUGCCCCCCAUUUUCACCCUGGACGACAACAACAUCUGCCCUGAGCCCAAAACUGCAGCUUUCUCUUCUGAUGGAAUUCCUGACACUAGCCUGGCCUGCAUGCCCAUCAACCCUAUGGUGAGUGCUGAGAACAAGGCAGAGUGUGAGUCCAUCUCCGACUCUGGAGUGUUUACUGUGGACUCCAUUAUAGAGGGAUCUGCCAAGUAAAAGUAAAAGAGAAUAUACCAACUGCACUUGACUUACCUCAUGGCACUAGGAGGUUAAGGCCAUGUUGUUUUUUUCUCACGAGAUUUUCCUCAAGAGCAUUAUAUGCUAAAAUAAGUUGUGACUAUCAAGUUUAGCUUUUUUGCUAUUUAGUGAUUGAAUUUGAGAUUUUUUAAAUUUGGUUUUAGGCCAGAUUGCAUAAGGACCUUUAUGUGCCUUCAUAUAAAUAUCCAUAUGCAUUUAGCCACCUUGAUCUAUUUCAAAAUCACAAGACAGUUAAAGAGUUUGAGCAAACAGAAGAUAUUUUAAAAAAUGUAGAUGUAUUUCUAACCAGACUUAUUUUUGAUCAGUUUACAAUCAACAAGAUGUUCAUUUUGUUUCCUAAAAGAGAGUUCAUUCAAUGUUUGCACGUAAAACUGCAAUCUGCAGUGCACGUCAGCUUUAUGACUUUUGUUAUUGCUUUGAUAAAUACAAAUGUUUGAACAAGUUAUUUUUACUAUUAAUGUACAGCAGAUGAGUUUCUACCCAUACUGUGAUGUUCAGUCUCUGAUCAUUUUAGCACCUUUCAUCCAGACAACAGGGGAUGUAGUCAUGGGUUAGUAUGCAGGAAGGUAUACUAAUGAAUUAUUCUUCAAUCUCACUACAACCAGUGCUUUGUUUAUUUAUGGCCACCAGCAAAUGGGCAUCAUUUAACUUUGGAUGAUUUGCAUCACUAUCUACCUCCUUGAAUUGUGAGAGGUUCCACACUUUACUUUAUAAGCUGAAUGCUUCUACCCUUUCUUUGCAUACCGUAGAGCUGUCACUGUAUGUCCUUGACAAUAAUACCCCUGCUUGACAUUAACGAUGUUUGAUAACUUGCCUUAAUUAACAAAAAUACUCUAUACAGCCGCAGAUUACGUGUGUGUGUGUGUGUAUAUAUGUAUGAGAGAGAUAGAUAUAAAGAUAUACAGAUGUAAUAAAAAUAGUGAAAUAGUAUGUACACAUCUGUACCAUUAAACUUAUACACAGUCUAAAGAAAUUAACCAGCAAAAUAUUUUGUAAUUUAUCAUUUUUAUACUUCAAAAAAUUAACUAUCUUCCAGUUAAAUAAGGCAAGUUGAAUUACACAUGCAACCUGUUAUUUGUAUUUUUAUUCUCUUAAUAAUAAAGCAAUGGGAUUGAACAUCCCUCUUUUCUUUCUACACAUAUGAACAGUGAAGGUGUUAUCACUUAGACAGUUUGUUCAUGUUAAGAUUUACUUUCUUAAUUACUGCAACGCUGAGUUGUGAGCUGUACUACAAAAUGGUUCUAUUGCUUUAACCACUGCAUUGUAUUACUGUGACUGACUGUUAUGGAGAUUAAUUUCAAAUGCCAUGUUGCAAAAACGGCAGUUAUUGUUAUGUUUUAAUAAAACAGCAAGAAAACUCA